CGGAGAGAGGAUAAGUCAAGGAGAGAGAGGGUGAGACGAACGACAUGGGCCAAGAGGGAGCGGCGUCGAAGGCAGUAGCGCGCAGCGGCGGAGGGAGUCUCCCGGCUACUUCUAGAUCGGGCCGCCUCCCCCGCGGCCGCAAGAUCCAGAAGGCCUUCAACAACCUUAAGAUCACCGUCCUCUGCGGCUUUGUCACCAUCCUCGUCCUCCGCGGCACCAUCGGCAUCGGCAGCCUCGCCGGCGCCGGCGGCGAUGCCUCCGAAGCCGCCGACCAGAGGGUCAUCGAGGACAUCGACCGCAUCCUCCGCGAGAUCCGCUCUGAUGCCGACCCUGACGAUGACGACCAGCAACAACAAUUCCUCUCCCUCAAUUCCACCACUGCCACUCGCGACGGCGGCGGUAAUGCCACUGACAUUACCUCUGCCGUCGUUGCCAAUUACACCCUCGGGCCCAAGAUCUCCGACUGGGACUCCCAGCGGCGGCGGUGGCUGAACGAGAACCCCGGCUUCCCCAACCUGGUCGAAGGCGGCAAGCCACGCAUCCUCCUCGUCACCGGGUCGCCGCCCAACCCUUGCGACAACGCCACCGGUGACCACUACCUCCUCAAGGCCAUCAAGAACAAGAUCGACUACUGCCGCCUCCACGGGAUCGAGAUCGUCUACAACAUGGCCCACCUCGACCGCGAGCUUGCUGGCUACUGGGCCAAGCUACCCCUGAUCCGCCGUCUCAUGCUCUCUCAUCCUGAGGUCGAGUGGAUCUGGUGGAUGGACAGCGACGCCCUCUUCACCGACAUGGCGUUCGAGAUCCCACUGCCUCGCUAUGACGCCCACAACCUCGUCGUUCACGGCUACCCGGACCUCAUCUUUGACCAGCACUCCUGGAUCGGCCUUAACACCGGUAGCUUCCUUCUCCGCAACUGCCAGUGGUCACUCGAUCUCCUCGAUGAGUGGGCGCCGAUGGGUCCCAAGGGCCCCGUCCGCGACGAGGCCGGCAAGAUCCUCACCGCCAACCUCAAGGGCCGGCCGGCUUUCGAGGCCGACGACCAGUCUGCCCUCAUCUACCUCUUGCUCUCGCAGCAGGACAAGUGGGGCAACAAGGUGUUCAUCGAGAACUCGUACUACCUCCACGGCUACUGGGCAGGCCUUGUGGAUCGCUAUGAGGAGAUGAUGGAGAAGUACCACCCCGGACUGGGCGACGAAAGGUGGCCUUUCGUUACGCAUUUCGUGGGUUGCAAGCCUUGUGGGAGCUACGGAGAUUACCCGGUGGAGAGGUGCCUCGGUAGCAUGGAGAGGGCAUUUAAUUUCGCAGAUAACCAAAUACUGCGGAUUUAUGGGUUUGCUCACAGGGGCCUAGCGAGCUCCAACAUCAAGAGGAUCAAGAGGCAGACAACGAGACCCCUGGAAGUCAAAGAGCAGCUGAAUCUUGGAGCCAGAAUAUCCAGUUGAUGAACAGAUACAGCUGGUUGUGGCCUCAGCCUACCGCAGUCCAAGGUCAGUUUGUCCCUGCCAGAAGAGCUUUGGUUGAUCUUUCUUGUACCAGGAUCAAUGAAUAAAGGCCUUAAGUCAACAUGCUUGGCUAAUCAUUCCAGACUGAAGUUUCUUAUGCUUGUAAGUAUUGAAGUUAUCUGUAAGUGGCUGACUUUCUCAAUCAUGUAUUUUCUGUCUGUACCAUCAUCUUCUUUCCUUCCUCCCUCCCUUUCUUUUCUGGAUGUAUAUCAGGCAUUGCAGAAAGUACUGGAAAUGCCGUAUCACUAGGAUCUUCUCUUUUGAUUGCUGUUUGAUUCUCACCCACAAUGUCC